AUUUGCACACUGAGGCAAUAAGGAAGAAGUCGGUCUUUAAGAGGCUCCAGAGGAAUAAACAACCUGGAUUUGCACUCACAUCAUCAUCAUCAUCAUCAUCAUCCGAUGAGGGAAGACAGAUAAGAAAAUGGAAGUGUAUUGUAAGGCGCUGCCGGGACCACAGGAGAAAUUCAUACUCCUCAUCUUGUAUCUUCAUCUGUGGUACAGGCCUAUAGCUGAAGCAAUUCAUCCGGACUGCGCCAUCAUCUCACAGCACCUCAGGGCUCGGGAGGUUUGCAGCCAGACGAGGAGGAGCGAAGCGCAAAACCAGAGCGACCACAGCGGAUGUAAUACAGAGUGGGACGAGAUCGGCUGCUGGCUGAGAGCUGAAGUCGGGCAGGUGGUCAACGUGUCAUGUUCUGAUGUCUUCCAGCAUUUCUCCAGCAAUCAAGGGUAUGUUUACAGGAACUGUACGGUUGACGGCUGGUCAGAAAUGUAUCCACCCUACGAAGAGGCCUGUGCUUUCAGUGACGACAGCGAGCCUGAAUCUGAGACGAGUUACCUCUCCACGUUCAGACAGGUCUACACUGUGGGCUACGCCACCUCGCUCAUCUCCCUCAUUACAGCCAUCGUGGUGUUCACAGCCUUCAGGAAGUUCCGCUGCACCAGAAACUACAUCCACAUCAACCUGUUCUCCUCCUUCGUCCUGAGAGCCAGCGCUGUUUUCAUUAAAGACACCGUGCUGUUCGCUGACGAGACCCUGGACCACUGCUCCGUGUCCACGACAGCGUGCAAGUCAGCCGUGGCUUUCUUCCAGUUCAGCAUCCUGGCCAAUUACUUCUGGUUGCUGGUGGAGGGCAUGUAUCUGCAGACGCUGCUCGCCCUGACCUUUGUCUCUCAGAGGAAAUAUUUCUGGUGGUACAUCCUGAUUGGUUGGGGGCUCCCGUCAACGGUUCUCAUACUUUGGGUGUUGACCAGAUUCUUCUAUGAUGAUAGAGGUUGCUGGGAUGACACAGAAAAUGUUGCUAUCUGGUGGAUUAUUAAAGGACCAAUAACAGCCUCGCUGCUGGUCAACAUAGUCAUCUUCAUCAACGUGAUCCGGAUUCUGGUUCAAAAGCUUAAAUCCUCAGCCAUGGCCGGGAACAAUGACACCGGACACUUUAUGUAA